AUGGUCGUCGGUCAGCCUAGUCAGCGACGAGAUGAUCAUUUUGCUCAAACGAUUCAAACGUCAAUAGGACGAGACAAGAUUUCGGGACUAGUGGCUUGCUAUUUUUUUGCUACAAACUCGCCAAAAGUGACGAAGGAUGUGGCGAGAGUACACGUUGUUCACCCGCGCGCAUAA